CGCUGGUACAACCGCCUUCACGCCGCUAGACUGCUCACGGCAUGACCUCAACGUCACCUUUUCUUUCCUCCCCCCACCUGCGUGCUCGCCGAGGACCCCGACAGAAGAUAUCAACACCAUGACACUCGACCAGUUCCUCGCCAUGUACGCGGUAAUCUUCGCCUUUUUGGCGCUUCCUACUAGAGGACUCGCUCCUUCCAACUUGGUCCGAGUGCGGGACAUGUCCGAUGCCGCUCACUCACUCACAAUAGUCGAAGCCGAUUCAGAGACGACUGGCCUGCACAAGAGAUGGGGCACCCCGCCUCCACCUCCUUGCAGCGAUGGCGACUGGCAGGCGUACAAGAACAAGGGCUGCACAUUGCUUGCCAUGAUUGCGGGCGAUGAUGCAAAGGCCGGAUCAUUGUUCAAAGAAAAUCUGGCUUCUGCGGCGAGCGAGUUUCAAGACUUUCCCGGCGACUUGGACAAGUGGGACUACAAACGAGACACGGAUACCUAUUGCGACAUGAGUGACAGCCAAUACGGCAUGGAGACGGCUCUAAAGGGGCUCGGCAUCUCUACCGAAAGCAAGAACUGGAAGUGUUACAAAGUCACUCACGGGGAGCUAUAUGGCCGAGACCAGCUCAAUGAUCAAAAAUACGAUGUGGAUGGCAAGACAUACCGGGCCACUGGGGCUCAAUACACCUUUCCCAUCAAUGUCAACGACGGCGUUCUCGUGAUUACAAAACAGUAUAGCCCCGAGCAUGAAGGCCAAUACCGCAGUCCACCAGUACAAGGGGACGGGCUGCCCAAGCUCAAGAGAUCGUCCGACAUUUCAUUUGGCCAGUGGUCCAUUGCCGCCAAGGACAAGGCCAAACAGAUUCGCUUCAUCAUCGUCUGGUCCGUCAGAAAUAGGGCCACGCCUUCCAUCAUACGGCGCGCUCUUCAGAGCGUCGGACAGGAUAACCUGAAGAAGUACCCUCAGUCUUCUUUUGACAUCACGUCCGAUGCUGGCAAGGCUCUGCUAGGCUCGCCAAACGGUGUAGGCGUCGCUUACUUUUUGGUCCAGCGGAAAGCGCUGUUUGGAGAGAAGAAGAUCUCCAAAGUGGAUAUAUUUGGCCAUACUAGCGUGUUGGCUGCCUUUGACCCAGUCAUGGUCUUUCACCUCGAGGAUGCCUAGCCAUUAGUGAAAUCGUCUCUAGAUGCCUUGAGUGGUACCGGAGAACUUCGGACUCACGAACAUUGACAUCAAAGAUAUAACUAGGCAACCAAGCGGAUAGUAUG